GCUGAUCCAGGAAGGAGUCAGGCUCAGGGCGGCCUUGCGCAGCACUUCGCGCUUCCUUUUGGCAUUGCUUGCAGAUGCUUCUUUGCGCACGCCAGUAUUCUCCUCAUUCAGUGCUGCAGCCUACCUCUUUCUUUAGCAGGUCUAUGCUGGUUGUGAGCACUUCUGCUGCAUUUUCAAUCAACUUGGAGUUUUCAUUCUGCGGAUCACUCUUUCCUUAGGUCCAUUGUAGCUGUUGGGUCUUGCAGCUGGUGUCGCGAUGUCAGAAAAGCGUCCCCUCCAACCUCUCGUAGAUAGUAGUGCGCUUGCUGCUCGGUCUAGGAACAUGGGGCCGGUCAAAAAGUCCUUGUUUGCUUGCAAGAGGAUGCCCCCCCAGCCGGGUGUCAAUGACGAGAACAGGGACGUGUCGGAUGGACUUGAUGCGACGGGCUUUCUGAGGGUUGCAAACUGUGCCCCAGGGCCAGAGGCAAUUGAGAUUGAGUAUGUGAGGACAGAGGAUCUAGCGGACACAGUUGAUGCGGAGGCAGAUGGAAGGACGUUGCUGGACCGCCUCGACUCCAAGGACUGGGUGACAGUAUGUCAGGCCUUGAAUAACGUGCGCCAAUUGUCCCUCUUCCACAGCGUGGCUGCCGAGGUGCACCUGAGCGCCGUCGUCCCCAAGGUGCUCAAGGCUGUCAAGAACCCGCGCAGCGCUCUGCAGAAGACGAGCCUUAUGGCGCUGGCAGACAUGUUCUUGGCGUUUGGGGACAAGAUGCUCGAGUCCCUGGACUCGCUGCUUCUCCAGCUAUUCUUGAAGGCGUCCCAAGACAAGCAGUUUGUGUGCGAGGAGGCGGACCGCACCCUCAGCGCGCUGUCCGCGUCGCUGUCCCCCGCCGCGGUGCUCGAGAAGCUGCUCCCGUACUCGAAGCACAAAAACCCGCGCGUGCGCGCCAAGGCCACCGUCUCCAUCCACGACAGCGUUGCACGGCUGGGCCCCGAUGGCAUCGAAAGCUUUGGCUGGGACCGCCUCGUCCAAGUAACGGCCGGUCAAGUCAGCGACCAACUUCCCGAAGCCAGAGAAGCCGCGCGCAAGCUGAUCGGAGAGCUGUACGCCGCUUAUGCGUUCUGCUAUCAAGCACAGCCGGAGAACACGUUCUAUCACACACCGCCCGAACCGAGCCGGAGCGAGCCGGAUCCUGACGACAUGGAAGGAACGAGCGGAAAUGCAUUACAGGAAGGGCUUGCUGACGUGGCAAGUCCGGGGACAGGAGAGCCGCAACAGGUGUCGGAGAAAGCGAACGAGGGGGAGACGAUCGAGGCGGCGUGGGGACGGUUCUGUUCCAAGUUUUUGUCGCCGUUGGACGUACAAGCCAUUCUUAGGGUCUUUAGCUCGCGGCAGUGACUGUCUUAUUUUUGCCUGUUUGGAGUCCCGUCGCUACUAUAUUAGCUUGGUCUCUAUUUUAGCAGAUCUUGAUUCAGAAACGGCACUUUUUUUGUAUUUGGCCUGUGACAGAGACUGUCUUGCUUAGCACGUUUGGAAGAGGGUGUAGAGUCAUUUUAGGUACUGCCUAUUCUUAUGAUGGUCGUUGUCUAGUUCUAGUCGUUUGCAAGCGCUGACGUCUCGUACACUGAAAGAAUAAAGAAUGAAAACCAGACUGAGGUUCCUAGUAUGCCAGAAAGUUGAUCAUCUUCCAUCCUAGUCCGACUCUUGUG